AAUUGUAUUUUCAACAGCCAAAACUGCUAUUAAAGUUGGUUUAGAAACUAAUAAAGAUGCAGAAUUGGUUCGACUACUAAAAGAUUUUAUUGCAAUGAAUCAAAAGAAGCAUAAAGGUGAUAUAAAUGAACCUAAAGAGAAUGUUAGUACAGAAAAUUACAAUUCUAAAAAAGAUCAGGAUACUGAAGAAAUAAUUCCAUUACAAAAGCAUUAA